UUCGAAGUUGACUGCGAUUCAUUAAGCACCGGCUUCGGAAUGGCAUUGGAGACUUACGUCGGUCUCGAUCUCGUGAAAGCCUUCAGCGGCGAACACGAAGAGGGAGACGUUCUUAGAGACCUCGACGACACCUACAGCAAUGUGACGUUUCAAACGAAAAUUUGUUUGCCUCCAUUCUCCCAUCCAGCUGAGACUCUUGCCUACCUGAAGAGCAGAGGCCCUGACGGACGAUCCUUGAAGCUCGACUUCGACAAAGGUACGACCACGUGUGCUUUCGUCUAUAAAGGAGGACUCGUGGUCUGCGCGGACUCCCGAGCUACCGGCGGUUCUUUCAUCGGUUCGGGCACCGUGAAGAAAAUUAUCGUCGUCAAUAGCUACGUGCUCGGUACAAUGGCUGGAGGAGCAGCCGACUGCUCGUAUUGGCUCCGCGUUCUUUCGGAAAGGUGUCGACUGUAUGAACUGAGGAAUAAGGAGCCGAUAUCGGUGGCUGCGGCAUCGAAACUUUUCUCGAACAUGCUCUACAGUUACAAGGGCAUGGGAUUAUCCUUGGGUGUCAUGCUUAUGGGUUUUGACAAACGAGGCCCUGCUCUCUAUUACGUCGAUGAUGAGGGCAACCGACUCUCCGGGCAAAUGUUCUCUGCUGGAUCAGGGAGUCCCAAUGCGCUCGGCGUUCUCGACUCCGGCUACAAGUGGGAUCUCGAGGACGAAGAUGCAUACGAGUUGGGUCGAAGAGCGAUCACUGCUGCGACUUUCCGGGACUCCUAUUCUGGAGGCAUCGUUCGCUGUUAUCACUUGAAACCUGAUGGAUGGGUUCACGUCGGCGACGAGGACUGCAUGGUCCUCUAUGAAAAAUACAAUGGGGCACCAAAGUCUACCGAUUGAAGAUGAAAUACAUAUAUUUUACUGCCGGACAACAGGCUUCCUUCGAUA